GUGACGUCACGCAGCCGGCUUUUCUCCCCGCUCCUCUUUGCGCAGCUGCUGCACUGGUCUGCAGACAUGGCGAACGUCGCAGACACCAAACUGUACGACAUCCUCGGAGUGUCUCCCUCAGCCACCGAAAACGAGCUCAAAAAGGCAUACCGGAAAUUAGCAAAAGAGUACCACCCAGAUAAAAACCCCAAUGCAGGUGACAAGUUUAAGGAGAUCAGCUUUGCAUAUGAGGUUCUGACUAACCCAGAGAAGAAGGAACUGUACGACCGGUAUGGGGAACAGGGCUUGCGUGAGGGAGGUGGUGGUGGAGCUGGAAUGGAGGACAUCUUCUCUCACAUCUUUGGUGGAGGUCUGUUCAGCUUCAUGGGCGGCCAGAGCAGCAGGAGCCGAAACGGCGGUCGGCGGAGAGGAGAAGACAUGAUACAUCCACUCAAAGUGUCUUUGGAAGAUCUGUACAACGGAAAAACAACUAAACUACAACUCAGCAAGAAUGUACUCUGCAGUGCCUGCAGUGGUCAAGGGGGUAAAACAGGGGCUGUGCAGAAAUGUGCCACGUGUAGGGGCCGCGGCAUGCGGAUCAUGAUCAGACAGCUGGCCCCUGGUAUGGUACAGCAGAUGCAGUCUGUGUGUACCGACUGCAAUGGAGAGGGGGAGGUGAUCAAUGAGAAAGAUCGCUGUAAAGAGUGUGAGGGCCGUAAGGUGAGUAAGGAGGUGAAGGUUUUGGAGGUGCACGUGGAUAAAGGAAUGAAACAUGGACAGAAGAUCACAUUCACUGGAGAGGCAGACCAGUCGCCCAACACAGAGCCUGGAGACAUUAUACUGGUGCUGCAGGAGAAAGAGCAUGAGGAGUUCCGUCGCGAUGGCAAUGACCUGCACAUGUCUCACAGGAUUGGCCUGGUGGAGGCACUCUGUGGUUUUCAGUUCAUGCUCACGCACCUCGACGGACGACAUCUCGUCAUCAAAUAUCCCCCAGGCAAAGUCAUAGAGCCAGGUUGUACAAAGGUUGUCCGAGGGGAAGGAAUGCCUCAGUACAGAAACCCAUUCGAGAAAGGAGAUCUGUACAUCAAAUUUGACAUCCAGUUUCCUGAGAACGGCUGGAUCAGCACAGAGAAACUAACGGAGUUAGAGGAUCUGUUGCCAUCGCGUACAGAGGUUCCUGUCAUCUCGGCUGAUGCAGAGGAAGUUGACCUGCAGGACUUUGACCUCAGUCAGGGGUCAUCUAGCGGUCAGCGGCGUGAAGCGUACAACGACAGCUCCGACGAGGAGGGGGGUCCACAUGGACCGGGAGUGCAGUGCGCCCACCAAUAAUCCAGAAGGUGUUUUUGGAAACGUUAAAAUUCCCUUUUGUCGGACAGAUUCAAACACCCCCAAACCGUUCAUCACAUAGUAUAGUGGACCGAACACACACACACACACACACACACACACACACACACACACACACACACUCUCAAGAGUAAGACUGUGUCUUAAACAAUGCGUACAGACAUGCACACACAUACACUAAAAUUUGCAUGGAUUAUUUACAUUUAGGCUAUACACUCAAACACAUGUACUCAUACACUGUUUUAAAAGAAUAAACAAACAUAACUAGAAGCAAAGCAAAAUAAUUUAUUCAUUACUUUCAUUUCCAUUGUAGAAUUUCACAGUAUAUACCCUCUGAAUAUAUUAAACAGACUUUGUGAUUUAAGUUCAAAUUACUGCACACACAUUUGUUAAAGAGAGACUGAGGCAGCAUUUACUGGAGUUCAAUAAAAAUGUUCAAAUGUGUUUCAUUAUAUACUCACCAGAUGUUCAGGAAUUGUGCAUCAUUUUGCAUUAUCACUUUGGAAGUCCAUAGUGCUGGUUUAAUAACAUACACAUGGGUUCACAGUGGCUAUCCGCAAAGAGAUAUACAACACGCUCUCUAUUGAGAAUAAAAAGAUGCAACCAAAAUCUAACAGUGUUUUAUUGCGCUCACUGUAUACAAUAAAGCUAAAUGAGUCAUGCAUUUCCUUUAUUGUUUGCCAAAGAAUCUCUACAGUGUUCUUGAAAUAUCAACAGCCAAUGUGUGCAUGCAUUGUAAGCACUAAUAUAGACCUGUAAGGGCCGCUGUUUAUCAGUGGCAACUAUGAAAGUGUUUGAACCGUGAACACAAGUUGCUCUCAUUCAAACACAGUUACUUCCGUGAUUAAACAUCAAUAAAACUGAUGAAUGUU